AUGCUGCCGAGGCGGUGGGGAACCCGUGCGGAUGAAGAAGCAAAGAGGGUAGCCACGACUGUUGGAGACUCCGGAAGCAAGGAGGAGGAAGCUGUCUGGAUAGCAGCAAUAGACUUACCAAUACCAGAGCUCCCCGAGCUGCCACCCCAGCCAAGCUAUACCUCAGAAGAUUUGGAGUGGAUCCAACGCCAACGCCUUCAGGAGAUCAAGUCGGACAAUUGGUACAGGGACUCGGAGGGAAGACUGCUUUUGCCUACAGAACUGGGGAAAUUUUACAUCACCAACUUACAUGAAACCACCCACCUGGGGUGGAGGAAACUGCUGGAUCUAUUCAACACUGCCUCCCUCCGGUUCCCACAUCAGAACUCUGAGGCCAGAUUGAUAGUGGUGUGGUGUGCCGGAUGCCGGGCGAUGAAACCUAGCAAGAGGGGAUUCCCACAUACAGGUCGACGGAAUUGGACCAUGGGUGCAUCACUCACACAUCCGAAAGGCCGCUGCUCCGCCCCCCGAGCUGGAGACCAGCACCUUGUGGAAAGCACAGUGGCAUCCCAGCAACCCGCUAAGACUCAAGCUAGUGAAAAACUCCGAGGCAAGCACCCAGUCUACGCAUCCCUCAGACUCAUCUUCGUAGUCCUUGCAGCCUUAGGCGGUGAGACCACUGCUGACAAUCCUCAUCAGCCUUACAACAUCACCUGGAAACAGAGACGGCACUCAUGAGGCUCUUGCCUGGACUUCAGCCUUACAGCCUCUAAACUCGUGGUGGCUGGAUUAAUACUUCAGUUUAAGAGACUUGACCAUCAAGAAAUGGUCCUUGAACAGUGUGCGUGUGGCAGGUUUCCAUGCUUGCCCUGAAUCCACUAGAAAGACUUACAGUGCGUGUGGGGGUGUGAAUGACAAUUACUGUAGGAGUUGGGGCUGUGUGACUUCUAAUGAUGGGCUCCGGAAGUGGGCCGUUGCUAGUCGGAUUUAAUCCAGCUCUCUUUUGUUCACCCAUUGACACAGGAAAUGUGGUGUUCACCUCCUUGGGUUAAGAAUUCUUGUGGCAAGUCCUUGUGUGACUUAGUCAAAGUUAAAUUCACUGAGCUAGGGAAGAGAGAUAGGAGGUGGAUAUCCAGAUUGACCUGGGGUGUCGUGUUAUAUCACGCAUACACCCGCAACCCCAGUGGAACCCUCCUUGUGUCUCAGACAGUGGGGCCCAUUACCCUCCUUUCUUCUUCCAGCAGCCCCCCUUAUACCCUCCCUCCUUCCAACACUCCCACUACAGGAGAGGAGCAAACUGAAGCUUCCCCUCUCCCAAUCUGGGGUCAAGAAAAGAACGAGCCUCUGUGGAAGCUUCUCUGUGCACUGUAUGACACCCUAAACGUUACUAGUCCUGACCUUACCCAAGAAUGUUGGUUAUGUUACAGUGUCUACCCCCUGUUUUAUGAGGCUAUUGGUGUCAACUCUACCUGGAGCUACUCAGCAGUAGCCCCAACUAACUGGGUUGUCAAGAGCCCCCCUCUGACUAUGACCCAAGUUAGUGGGCGGGGUCCUGCAUUGGUACGGUCCCUAAAGACAAGCACAGACUUUGCUCCUUGGUAACAAGCCUUCUUGGUUCAGUUAAAACUGGUUGGUUAUCUCCCACCUCAGGGGGCUGGUGGUUCUGCUCUUGCACUGGAUUAACCCCGCACCUAUGUAUUGCUGUUUUUAAUGCAACUACUGAAUUUUGUGUAAUUGUGACUGUUCUUCCUCGUGUCCUGUGUCACACUGAGAAUGAUGUACUCCAACAUUGAGACCCUGACUCUGUUCUGAGGUAUAAGAGAGAGCCCAUAACUGUCCUGACUAUCACUGCCCUGUUAGGUCUGGGACUGGCGGGCACGAGAACAGGGGUUGCAUCCUCAAUCACCCAGACCAGAGAGAUCAACUCCUUACGAACAGCAAUUGAUGAAGACCUGGAGUGCAUAGAACGAUCCAUUAGCCGUUUAGAGAAAUCCCUCACCUCCUUAUCUGAGGUGGUCCUACAGAAUCAUAGGGGGUUGGGCCUGUUGUUCCUAAGGCAAGGCGGUCUUUGUGUUUCCCUGGGAGUAAAGUGUUGCUUCUAUGCAGAACACACUA